AAGUUUCAGUUUUUUACUUUUUUUCCCAAUAAAAAAAUAAAAAAAUAAAAACCCAAGCUUUCCCGUAUUGGAAGCGAUCUCUUUCAUCUAUGGCAGUAGAUUAGCAUUAAAUCUGCUUUACCCCUCACCUGAAAAUUCACCACACCCAACACACACACACACACACACACACACACUACUGAGAUUACAUAAAUGUGUAUCUAUCGAUUCUCUAUUUUGCAUCCUGUAUCUAUUGCUCGCACAAUUUGGAGGUGGAGAUUGUAAAUUAAGGAAAUCAGAGAGAGAAGAAAAAAAAUGAGGGGUUCCGAUCUGAUCAACGCGGUUCUACCGGACGAAUUGAUACUGGAGAUAUUCCGGCACGUUGAUUCGAAGCCGAGCCGCGACGCCUGCUCGCUUGUUUGCAAGCGGUGGCUCAGCCUCGAGUGCCUCAGCCGUGACACCAUCCGCAUCGGCGCCUCCGCCGCCCCGGGCAACCUCGUCAACCUGCUUAGCCGCCGAUACCCUAAUACGCGAUCCAUAUUUAUUGACGAACGCCUCUCUAUUUCAUUGCCUGUAAAAUAUAUAAAAAGACGUCGAACUAAUCGUGAUGGUUCUGAUCAAAGUAUGCCCGGAGAUGAUGUGAUGGGGACAAACAGCUUGUCGGACGCUGGUUUGGCAGCUGUUGGAGAGAGCUUUUUGAAACUUGAAAAUUUGUCUCUUAUAUGGUGCUCUAGCAUUACAGAUGCGGGGCUCCGAUCUUUUGCGGAGAAAUGUAGAUCACUUAAGUCUCUGGAUUUACAGGGCUGCUACAUCGGAGAUGGAGGUUUGACUGCUGUAGCAGAAUGCUGUAAAUUUCUUCAGGAUUUGAAUUUGCGUUUCUGCGAAGGAUUGACGGACGCAGGACUGGUUCCCGUGGCCGUUAGCUGCGGGAGGAAUUUGAAAUCGCUUGGGGUCGCAGCUUGUGCUAAAAUUACCGAUCUCUCGUUAGAAGCAGUGGGAUCUCACUGCAGAUCUCUUGAAUCCUUGUCACUAGACUCGGAGAUCAUCCACAACACAGGCUUGGUUGCCGUGGCCAAAGGAUGCUCUAUGCUGAAAGUUCUUAAACUUCAGUGCCUAAAUGUAACAGACGAGGCUUUGCAAGCUGUUGGCGUUUUCUGUUUAUCUUUGGAGACGUUGGCCCUAUACAGCUUCCAGAAAUUCACAGACAGGAGUCUGUAUGCCAUUGGAAAACGAUGUAAAAAAUUGAAAAAUCUUACGUUGAGCGACUGCUACUUUCUAAGUAACAAGGGUUUGGAUUCUGUAGCUGUUGGUUGCUCAGAGCUUACUCACAUUGAACUAAAUGGCUGCCACAAUAUAGGAACUGACGGACUGAAAUCUAUCGGAAAAAAUUGCGUCCAACUGUCGGAGUUAGCCUUGCUGUACUGUCAGCGGAUAGAAAACGAUGGAUUAAGUGAAAUUGGUAAAGGAUGCAAGUACUUGCAAGCUCUUCACUUGGUGGAUUGCUCGGGUAUUGGAGAUGAAUCCAUAUGUAGUAUUGCUAGAGGGUGUAAGAACUUAAGGAAGCUCCAUAUUCGUCGAUGUUAUGAGGUGGGUAAUAAAGGAAUAAUUGCUAUUGGUCAAAAUUGUAAGUUUCUCACAGAUCUCAGCCUACGAUUCUGUGACAGAAUCGGGGACGAGGCACUGAUUUCAAUAGGUCAAGGCUGUUCCUUGCACCAUUUGAAUGUAAGUGGCUGCCACCAAAUUCGGGAUGCUGGAAUAAUAGCUAUUGCUAGGGGCUCCCCUCAACUUAGUUAUCUCGAUGUUAGCGUUCUUCAGAAUCUCAGAGACAAUGCAAUAAUGGAGUUGGGCGAAGGCUGCCCGUUACUUAAAGACAUAGUUAUAUCACAUUGUCGACAAAUAACAGACACGGGUGUUAGCUAUCUCGCGAGGAAGUGCGCAUUUCUGGAAUCUUGCCACAUGGUUUAUUGCCCCGGAAUCACAGAAGUUGGAGUUGCCACCAUUGUUACAACAUGUACGAGGAUCAAGAAGAUAUUAGUCGAGAAGUGGAAGGUUAGUGCCAGGACAGAGAGACGAGCGGGUUCCAUUAUCAACUACCUAUGCGUUGACCUUUGAAAUCGUUUUCCGAGUUUGAAAAAGACACACCGGUCGAAAUAAAACGCGACUUUGUAUGUUUUGUCUGUAUUCUGUUGUCUCAGGUUGUAUUUGUAGUGCAGUUGGUAAUAAGGUCUGAUUGACUGUUGGUUUAUUAUUGUAUGUGUGGGAUUCUGGUUUAGAUUCUAUAGUAAUUUUACAUGUUUGAAUUAAUAUAUAUUACAAUAAAUUUAAAUGGACUUAGUAAGAAAUAAUUACAGUUUUCGUCCCUACG